AGGCAGACCAUGGAGGCUCCUCCUGAGUCUGGAAAGGGAGAGGCUAAAGAGCCAGACCGGCGGUUAUGGCGACCCUGAUCCUGGGAGGAAGCCGCAGCAGAGCUCCUCCACACUGUCCGCUCCUGCGAGGCUCCUCUCCUCGCCCGUCAGCCCUAAGGCUCCCUGAUUAGCCCCCGGACUAUUCCACUGCUAUUGGGCCAUCAGACCUCCCCAAAGCACCUCAAGGAAAAGUCUUUUCUUACUGACUGAAGGGGUUUGAGUCUCCCAUCGAUGGGCGAGACAGACCCUGCCACAGCCUCGGGCGUGUUCCUGCCAUCCCUUCCUCCUGGCAGAGCCUGCAGGGAUCCAUGGCAGGAAGAAGCCACCAAGGAGGGCUUCCGUGAAGAGAUGCUCUCCGCGGCUUCCCCGUCCACCAGAGCAGUGGCCCGUAAGCAGCACUGAUACAGGAGGGGAGGCCGGUGCCAGGGAAAGCCAGCGGCCCCCGUGCCAGGGGACGUGGGCUCCACUUCCGCCUCCCACGUAACGUUCGGGUGGUGCCGCGCCAGCAGCGUCUCUGGGGGCCUCCGUUUCCUCAGCAGUAAAAGGAGGCCAUUAGGUUCGACCGGCCGCCUCUGUUUUCUUCCGGCUCUCCCACAGGGGUCUUGGGUCGGCUUUGUCCUUGUUCCGGGUCAUGCCGGGGAGCUGCUGGCUUCUCCCCUGCAGGUCUAAACUCCAAAGGCCACUCCACACCGUAACGCUCUCCGGCAGGAAAAGUUGGCAGCAAAUAUUUGCUCCUGGGUCGAUGGCUUCUGUUUGUUGAAAAGUGGUGCCGGGGCCGAGGCAGAGUCAGAGGCCAGCCUCGUCGUCCCCAGAAAGAGCCGGCCUGGCCAGAGAGAAGGCGCUCAUGGAGGUCCUGGUCCUGGUGACUGUUGCCCUGAACAUGUGGGCCUGCUCAGGCUUCCCCGUGUACGACUACGACCCCGCCGUGCUGAGGGGAGCUCUCCAGGCCUCGCUGGAAAGGGUGAACGCCCAGUCCCAAAGCCCAAACUUGUUCAGGGCCUACAAGAGCUCCAUUAGAAGGGUCAACUUCGUGAAUGAGAACGACCUGAGCAUGGACAUCGACUUCAGCAUCCGCGAGACCGAGUGCAGGAAAGAGUCUGGAAGCCCCCCGAGCGCCUGCGAUUUCAAGAGGGGCUACUACGUGCCAACAGCGUCCUGCAGGAGCACCGUCCAGAUCUCAGCUGAGCAGGUGCAGAGCGCGUGGGUCCGCUGCCAUCACGCCUUCUCCAGCUCCGAUUCCAGUAGCAGUGAAGAGAUCUUCGCGGGCAGAUGGGGCUCGCCCACCUGGAGACGCUAUUACAUGGGAGGUGUAGACAGCAAUGAAGCAAGACGUGAGCGCCUCUCUCCGAGGUCUACGGGUCUCAGAGACGUGGCGCGGCUUCCGGCCAGAAGCAGAAGACGGCAAGACGAUCGGAAUAGAUACGGACUCUGGGAGUAGCAAGAGCCAGGUGUUCCGUAGGGCUCGAUCCUGGGCCCCCUUCCCCUGCCACUGCGUUGGCGACCUCCUCAGCUCCCACGGGUUCCGUUAUCGUCCUUAUCUGUGGACUCAGCCCUCCAGCCUGGAGACUCCGCUGCCUAGUGCACCGUCAGACGCCGUAAACUCAACGUGCUCCCUACUGAACUCGCCCUCUUCCUGGUCCAGACUUCUCUGCUGAGGCCCCAACGUCGCCCAGUCACCCAGGCUUGCCACCUGGGUGUCGUCCUCAGCCCUCACUACAUCUCCCCGUCCAGCCCCGCAUAAGCAAUCUGUUGCUCAGGUCUGGGCAGAGCCUCCUACCGUCCCCCUUCUCUCGGGCCCUGGGGAAGGCCGCCAGCACUCUCCCUCGGCCUAGAGCAAUGGUGGACCUUCUUGCCUUAAGCCCCUCCUUGCUCCAGUCCAUCCUUCACUCAGCUGCCAAAGUGGUUGUCCUAAAGUGCCCUCCUGGCCAGGCCACCUCCGUGCGAUCCAUAAACUCUAGUGGCUCCCUAUCGCUUCUGGGAUCAAACAGAAAAUCCCCAAAGUCCCUCAUAACCUGCUCCCCACCAGCACCUUCCCGGUCUUUCUUGCACCUCGCUCAUCUUCCUGAGUUCAAAUCUGGCUUCAGACCCUUCCUAGCUGUAGGUCCCUGGGCAAGUCACUGAACCCGCUUGGCCUCAACUUCCUCCUCUGUAAAAUGAGCUGGCAAAGGAAAUGGCAAACUGCUCCAGGAUCUUUGCCAAGAAGAAUCCAAAUGGGCUCCCCAAGAGGCCGACGUGCCUGAGAAAUGACUGAACGAUGACUUCCUGCAGCUGGUACACCCACUGCCUGGAUAAGGAGGGCCCGAUCGACUGGACCUCAGUGUCCUCAUCUGUAAAAUGGAGAGGCGGCACAGAGGAGCGCCGAGGUCCCG